UAAAGGGUUAAUUUUAAUUUGGAAGGAAAUGAAAGUGGAAACCCCGAAAUCUCACAGCCUGGUUUAGUUUCUUCAGUCAGUCUCUAUUAAUUCUCCUCGUCGUCGUCGUGUUUGUGCUGACGAAAAUCUCAGGAGAUGAGUAGUUUGGUGGAGAGACUGCGGAUUAGGUCUGAUCGAAGACCGUCAUAUAACAUCGAUGAAUCAGAUGAUGAAGCCGAUUUUGAGCAACGAUCUGGGCGUACACAAGAAAAGCCUGAGAGAUAUGUCAGAAGUGACGCUAAAGCUGACUCAUGUCAAGGCUGCGGAGAAAACGGGGAUCUUCUUGAAUGCGAGACAUGCACAUACGCAUACCACUCUAAAUGUUUGCUUCCUCCUUUAAGAUCUCCUCCUAACAGCUGGAAGUGCCCAGAAUGUCUGAGCCCUCUAAAUGACAUUGAUAAGAUAUUAGAUUGUGAAAUGCGACCCACCGUAGCAGAAGACUGUGAUGCUUCCAAGCUGGGUUCCAAGCAAAUAUUCGUUAAGCAAUACCUUGUCAAGUGGAAAGGACUGUCAUAUCUGCACUGCACAUGGGUGCCGGAGAAGGAGUUUCUAAAAGCUUUCAAGGCACAUCCUGGUCUAAGGACUAAAGUAAAUAAUUUCAACAAUAAGUCAACGACGGCGAAUAACUCCGAAGAUGACUUUGUGGCAAUUCGUCCUGAAUGGACUACCGUUGAUAGGAUUCUCGCUAGCAGGCAGAAUGGUGAUGAGAGGGAGUUCCUUGUGAAGUGGAAAGAGCUUGGCUACGACGAGUGCUAUUGGGAAGUUGAAUCUGACAUAUCUGCAUUCCAACCUGAAAUCAAAAGAUUUGACAGUAUCAAUUCAAAGUCUCGCAAUCCAUCCUCCAGUAAGCAGAAAAGUGCUAUCCGAGAUGCAAAGGAAGCCAAAAAGAAGCCGAAAGAAUUUCAGCAUUAUGAACGUAGCCCUGAUUUUCUUACUGGAGGUUCUCUACAUCCUUACCAGCUUGAAGGGUUAAACUUUUUACGGUUCUCUUGGUCUAAACAGACACAUGUCAUCCUUGCAGAUGAAAUGGGUCUCGGGAAAACCAUACAGAGUAUUGCUUUUCUGGGAUCUUUAUUCGAAGAAAAUCUCUAUCCUCAUUUGGUAGUUGCACCUCUUUCAACUUUACGCAACUGGGAACGUGAGUUUGCAACCUGGGCGCCUCACAUGAAUGUGGUGAUGUAUGUCGGGUCUUCUGCAGCUCGUUCUGUCAUUAGGGAAUACGAAUUUUACUUCCCUAAAGGUCAAUCUAAGAAGCUGAAGAAAAAGAAGGCUGGUCAAAUUUUGUCUGAAAGCAAGCAAGAUAGAAUAAAAUUUGACGUCCUUCUAACUUCAUAUGAAAUGAUUAAUUUAGACUCAGCCUCCUUGAAACCGAUUAAGUGGGAGUGUGUGAUUGUUGAUGAAGGCCAUCGCCUAAAGAACAAAGAUUCAAAAUUAUUUAUUUCACUGAAGCAAUACUCCAGUAAUCAUCGUACGCUUCUAACUGGGACUCCUCUACAGAACAAUCUUGAUGAGCUUUUCAUGCUGAUGCACUUCCUAGAUGCUGGAAAGUUUUCGAGUUUGGAGGAGUUCCAAGAGGAGUUUAAGGAUAUCAAUCAAGAAGAGCAAAUUGCUAGGCUCCAUAAAAUGUUGGCGCCACAUCUUCUCAGAAGAGUUAAAAAGGAUGUCUUGAAGGAGAUGCCGCCUAAGAAGGAACUCAUUUUACGCGUGGAAUUAAGUAGCAAGCAGAAAGAAUACUACAAAGCCAUCUUGACUCGGAAUUAUGAGAUACUGACUCGCAAGGGUGGUGGACAUAUUUCUCUUAUAAAUGUGGUUAUGGAACUACGAAAGCUGUGCUGUCAUGCAUAUAUGCUAGAUGGAGUUGAACCGGAUAUAGAAGAUCCUAACGAAGCUUACAGGCAGCUUCUAGAUACUUCUGGAAAAUUGCAUUUAUUGGACAAAAUGAUGGUGAAGCUUAAAGAACAAGGGCAUAGAGUUCUUAUAUAUACGCAGUUUCAGCACAUGCUAGAUUUAUUGGAAGACUAUUGCAUCUACAAGAAAUGGCUAUAUGAACGGAUCGAUGGAAAAGUCAGUGGAGCAGAGAGACAAGUCCGUAUAGAUCGCUUUAAUGCCAAUAACUCUUCCAGAUUCUGUUUUCUGCUCUCUACCAGAGCUGGGGGAUUGGGAAUAAAUCUUGCUACUGCUGACACAGUCAUCAUUUAUGACAGUGAUUGGAAUCCUCAUGCUGAUUUACAAGCCAUGGCUAGAGCUCACCGGCUAGGUCAGACCAAUAAGGUAAUGAUUUAUCGGCUGAUAACUAGAGGAACCAUUGAGGAGAGAAUGAUGCAGCUGACCAAAAAGAAAAUGGUUUUGGAGCAUCUGGUUGUGGGGAAACUCAAAGCACAAAAUAUAAAUCAGGAAGAGCUAGACGACAUCAUAAGAUAUGGCUCAAAAGAGCUUUUUGCGGAUGAGAGUGAUGAAGCUGGAAAAGCUCGUCAAAUACACUAUGAUGAUGCUGCAAUAGAUAGAUUGCUGGAUCGUGAUCAAGCUGGAGCAGAAGAGGCUACAGUAGAUGACGUGGUUGAUGAUGGCGGCUUUUUAAAAGCCUUUAAGGUAGCAAAUUUUGAAUACAUAGAUGAAGUGCAAGCAGCAGCUGAAGCAGAAGCGCAGAAGGCGUCCAUGCUGAAUAAGCCUGCUGCCAGCAAUACAGAAACAAAAGUUUACUGGGAAGAUCUAUUAAAGGACAGAUAUGAAGAACAUAAAGUUGAAGAAUUCACUGCUAUGGGGAAGGGAAAGAGAAGCCGUAAACAGAUGGUAUCUGUCGAAGAGGAUGACCUAGCUGGACUUGAAGAUGCUAGUUCUGAUGAAGAAUUUGAUGUUACUGAAGCUGAUUGGGUUGAUGCUGAAAUGAUCUCUGCUGGGACUGCAGCAGGAAAGAAGCCUCAGUCAAAGAAGAAAGCACGUGCGGAUGCCAGCGGACCGAUUCCUUUGAUGGAAGGUGAGGGAAAUUCAUUCAGAGUUCUCGGAUUCAACCAAAGCCAAAGGGCUGCAUUUGUCCAGAUAUUAAUGAGGUUCGGAGUAGGUGAUUAUGAUUGGGUUGAGUUUGCUCCUCGCUUGAAGCAGAAGGCAUACGAGGAAAUCAAAGAAUAUGGAACUCUCUUUUUGUCACAUAUUACUGAGGAUAUUAAUGAUGCGCCAUGUUUUUCAGAUGGCGUACCAAAAGAAGGACUUAGGAUACAAGAUGUACUUGUUAGGAUUGCAGUGUUGAUGUUGAUCAAAGAAAAGGUACAGCUUCAACAAGAACAACCUGGUAAUCCCCUUUUUGCGGAAAACAUCAUUUCACGCUAUCCUGGGCUGAAGAGUGGAAAAUCAUGGAGGGAGGAACAUGACUUAUUGUUGUUGCAUGCAGUUUUAAAGCAUGGGUAUGGAAGAUGGCAAAAUAUUGUUGAUGAUAAGGAUUUGCAUCUUCAAGAGAUCAUUUGCCAGGAGCAAAAUCUACCCUUCAUAAAUACUUCUUCCUAUGGACCUUCUCAAAUGAAUGCUGGUGUAAAUCCAGUUAAUCCUGAAAUGACAUCCAAUAAGCAAUCAACGGGAUCUGGUGGUGUAAAUGAUUUUAAGUCUGAUUUUGCACUGGGUACCGCAGAGAACGCUAACCGUGCCCAAGUGUUUCAGGAUCCUUCUAUGUUGUAUAAUUUCAGGGAGAUGCAGAGAAGAUUGGUUGAGUUUAUUAAAAAAAGAGUACUUCUUUUGGAGAAAGGACUCAAUGCAGAGUACCAGAAAGUUUAUUUUGGAGAUGACCAACCGAAUGAGGUGUCAAAUGGUGCUCCAAAUGUUGUUGACGUCGAGAGGCCUACUUCCUUGGGGAACAAUGCCCAAACUGGUGAACCUCUUCCUCCGAUAGAACCAAUUGCUCUUGAAGAAUUAAAAACUGUUGCCUGUGAUGACAGUUCAGAUCGUAUUAAUAUGGGAAGGCUUUAUAAUGAGCUGUGUAAAGUAGUUGGAGAGGACAUCCAAGAAUCAGUUCAGCCACAGGACGGAAAUAAACCUGCCGGUUUUACCCUGAAAGGAAGCAUCUCUCGUAUUGAAGCCAUUAAGGAGGACUUGCAACAUAUUUUUACUCCUCCAAAUACCACCCCAUCUUCCGAAGAAAUCAAAGUGGUAUCUGAUCAAUCAGCCCAGGAUACUGUUUCUGGAGGUGAGUGUCUAACAAGAAAAGAUGGAGAUGAUUCCAAAGUUGGUGAAAAGUUGGAUUCCCUGCCAAAGGUUUCUGAAGCAGAUUCAGAGCCUCCGUCAGCUCUCCUAAAUUCUGUGAAGGAUAGCUCUGAAGUUGCCGAGUCCAAUGAUUCGUCAAUACCCGUGUCAAGUUCCGUGGAAGGAUCAGUAGAUGUGGAUAUGGCUGAUACCGAACCGAAGAGAAGUGCUGGAGUGAUUGUUUUGGAUGAUUGACUGUGAGAGGGUACUCUCAUCGUAUUACCAAUUGAAGUAAACCAUUAACAGGGUAUAGAACAGUCUGAGUACAGUGUAUUAUUAGAACUUUAUAAAGCGCUGUUAUAGAAUAUAAGUGCAUAUAUAUAGUAUGUGUAAUCCUGAGAAAGAUGGUAUCAUUCAGGGGUUUGUUUCUUGGUCUACUCUUUGACGUUCGAUUUUCCUCUAGGAUAAGUGUUCUCGUGUCUUUACAUUUAGAUUAUCUAACAAAUUGUUUGUAGACAGAGAAGUUGCUUUUCUAAAAUGGGUUUUGUAAAGUAAACCUUGUUCAUUGUUCUGUAUGUUUGGACUAGGAUAUGUACGGGAUUUGGUUCGGAAUGUUUGCUACACUUGUUCGAUUAGUUAUAUUAUUGUAGAUCAUACUCCUUAAAAGUUCAAUGUGGAAUAAGACAUUGUUUUUGUGACGAUUUCACGGUACUAUGAAUUUUUAUCAUGUA